CCCAUCUACGCCACUGACUUCUCACUCGACUAUCGAUAGCGCAACAGGUUCUUCGGCAGCUGAGUUUAAUUGUUAAAACUGCACCGCUUAAUAAUAUUCAUAGAUCAAAAUGAUGCGAUCGAAAGUCCUGAGCUUGGUGGCCCGUGCUGCCUCCAACCGUAUGAUGUCCACUGCCACCAAGUUGACCACCGUGGAGGUCAACGACAAGACCGGCAUCGCCACCCUCACAAUGAAUCGGCCACCCGUAAAUGGUCUCAACUUGGAACUGCUGCAGGACCUAAAGAGCUCCAUUGAUGAAGUCGAGGGCAAUAAAAGUCGCGGACUCAUAUUGACUUCGUCUAGCUCUACAAUAUUCUCAGCUGGUUUGGAUAUUCUGGAGAUGUACAAGCCGGAUAAGGACAGGAUUCGCGCUUUCUGGACGCAAUUGCAGGAGACUUGGCUGGCCCUUUACGGCAGCAGUGUUCCCACAGCGGCUGCCAUCAAUGGACACUCCCCCGCUGGUGGAUGCUUGCUAGCCACUUCCUGCGAGUAUCGGGUCAUGGUGCCAAACUUUACCAUUGGCCUAAACGAAACACAACUGGGUAUUGUUGCGCCCAAGUGGUUCAUGGCCUCUUUCCUGAGCGUCUUGCCACAACGAGAGGCCGAACGCGCCCUCAACCAGGGUCGCAUGUUCACCACGGAAGAGGCCCUGAAGGUGGGCCUCAUCGAUGAGACUGCCAACAGCAAGGAGGAGGCGAUUGAAAAGUGCGUCGCCUUCAUUGGCACCUUUGCCAAGGUCAAUCCACUGGCCAGGUCACUUACCAAGCAGCAAUUCCGAGCUGCCGAUCUACAGCAACUGCAGAACGAACGACAGCAAGAUCUUGAGAAAUUCCUGUUCUUUGUCAACCAGCCAGCGGUACAGAAGGGUCUGGGCAUUUAUCUCGAGGGUCUGAAGAAGAAGGCCAAGAAGCAAUAAACCAAUGAUUUUACACAUUUUUUGUAUAGUAAUAAAGUUGUUUGAAUCCAAUGUAUCACGAA